CUUCACAUUAUUAUACUUUAACCUCACUUUGUCAAUUUAUUUUUAUGUUUUAAAUGUUUGUAGGUAUGCUAAUGAACUUGACUGAAAAUAAAUGGCUCCAACUAAAAAUACUCUUCAAAGCAGGUUAAAUAAUCCCGGGAUGUCUAGCGUAAUAAAAAAAUUUUUUUCAAAAGAUUUUUUAAAGAAACUUAUUUUUGAUCCUCAUUUUUUAUGGCCAACAUGCCUAAUUCUGCUAUUGGUAGAAUUUGUACUCAAUAUAUUCAUUAUUCAGAAGGUGAAAUACACAGAAAUCGACUGGAUUGCUUAUAUGCAAGAAGUUGAGGGAUUUUUAAAUGGAACAUUAGACUACAAAGAGUUAAAAGGUGACACAGGACCGUUGGUGUAUCCGGCUGGAUUUGUAUAUAUUUAUGCAAUUUUUUACUAUGUUACUUCACAAGGAAAGAACAUAUACUUAGCACAGUAUAUCUUUUUGUUUUUAUAUAUGAUACAAACAUAUUUAGUACAAAGAAUAAUCAGAAAGACUAUGAAGAUUCCACCCUAUGCUUUAGUUAUUGCUACUCUAACAUCUUAUAGGAUACAUUCGAUUUUUGUUUUAAGAUUAUUCAAUGAUCCUGUAGCUGUUUUACUCUUUUAUAUAAGUUUAAACUUGUUUAUUUCAAACAAAUGGUUGUUAGGAAGUAUUUUUUAUUCUCUUGCUGUUUCUGUGAAAAUGAAUAUAUUACUGUAUGCACCAUGUCUUCUUUUAGCCUAUUUAACAAACUUAAGUUACUUGGAAACCUUUAUUAACUUAUUUAUUUGUGGGGUAAUACAGUUAAUUCUUGGACUUCCUUUCUUAUAUGGCAACUUUGUGUCUUAUUUAAAAGGUAGCUUUGAUUUAGGACGAGUGUUUGAACAUAAAUGGACAGUCAACUUUCGUUUCCUACCUAGAGACAUUUUCGAAGAUAAAAUAUUUCAUUUAAUCCUUCUUGCAUUACACAUCUUACUGUUACUGGUAUUUUUGCCACAUUUAAAAAAAUAUUUAAGUAGUUAUGCCAAAUUAAAUGUAGUAACUUAUCAAUUAAGACUGCAAUUAGACAAAGAAAAGAAAAAGACUGAGAAAAAACUUAAAGAAGAGGAAAAGAAGUUGAGUAAAAGCCAAAAGAAUUUCUUGGAAUCAUUUGAGAAGCAAUUAAAAGGUAGUGGGCAAUCAAAAGUACAAGAAGAACCGUCCAAAAUUGAUGACAAACUGUCUAAAAUUAUUCAAUUAUUUAUAUUGCCAUUUUUUGUGACAAAUCUUAUAGGCAUAGCCUGUGCUAGGUCAUUGCAUUAUCAAUUUUACAGUUGGUAUUUUCAUAGUCUUUUAUAUCUGGUGUUUUGUACUGAAUACCGAAGCCCUUUGAAAUUUUUAUUGUUAGGUUUGAUAGAAUAUUGUUGGAAUGUCUAUCCUAGUACCAAUUUUUCAAGUGCUCUGUUACAUUGUUGCCAUGUUGUUUUAUUGGUUGGUCUUUAUAGAAACAUGAGAAAAUGAUAUUUACAAUUAUUGUUAAAUAAAGUAAAUUUUAGA